GGAAUCCAGCAAUGGGAAACUUCCACCAAACCCCCAUGCUUUGUAGUAGGAAUGCUUAUAGCAGUUUCUUCUCUAUGUAUGUAUGUAUAUAUAUGCUCAAAUCAGACCCCCAUAAGAUCAAAAAACAAAAGCAUCUUUAACAAAUAACAAUCCACCAUCGAAUUUGAUUCACAAAUGGCUCAGCUUUUCCUUCUUUGUUUCUUUUUGAUAAAUGCUUUUGUGGCUAUGGCGGCCAGUGAAAAUGCUCCAGCUCCGGCUCCUGGAGAACCAUACAAAGCUGAAGGACCCACAAUAAGGAAACUUGGAAAGCACCAACUAGUGAAGACCUUUGACAAUGCACCGGCUUCAAGCCCAUCCCAAGCGCCCCACACUAAAAAGAACAUGCACCCCGCUGCGGGAAGCCCCUCUGCAGAUCACACAGCAGCCAUUACUGAACCAAACAAAGAAGAAAACGUGAGUGUUGAAGGAGAGGCCAUUCACCUACAAAAUCAUCAUCAUCAUUCCAUGGACAAAUCCGUAGCAGGGUGAGGUGUAAUCCUUGGAGGUCUUGCCACAACUUUCUUGGUCGCUGUUUUUUGCUAUAUAAGAGCCACUGGAAGACACAAACCAGAGACGCAUCAAAGUAAUAAUGAAAACCAGUAAUUGAAUUGUACGCAUAUGAAAUUACAUAGUAUUGUAAAUGCCACCCUUCUUUUUAAAAUUUGUAAAGGAAAUUACGAAUUGAAAACGUCUGCAAUUUACUUCUACCAAAG